AUGCCUCCGAGACUACCCGACUGGUUCCCCGUGAUUGAGCACGACCCCUUCCUCAAGUACCGCCCGUUCCCGGCGACCACCGACAACAAUUUUGUCCGGCACUGGCACGAGGUGGCAGGGCUGUUUUUGAUUUACACCGCCGUCCAGAUGGUGCUGCCGUACGUGCUGCUGUGGGUGUUUGGCGACAACUACCGCAAGUUGCUGAAGAAGACGCGGCUCAACUUCGACAUCCACGUGGUGCUGAUGGUCCAGUGUAUCCUUCUGGUGGUGGCGCUCCUCCCCACCUGGAACCACCCCAACUGGCAGAACCGGGCCAACGACCCCGUCACCUCGCUCUUGGGUUUCAACGACUAUUACGGGUUGGUGUCGGCAAUCACCACCGGCUAUUUCUUGUGGGAUCUUAUGGUGUGUUUGGUCCACUUUAAGAUCUUCGGCUUUGGCUUUUUGUUCCACGCGUUCGCGGCAUUGUGGGUGUUCGGGGCGUCGUUUUACCCGUUCAACGCCCCCUGGAUCCCGGCGUUCUUGUUGUUUGAGUUGAGCACACCUUUUGUCAACAUCAAUUGGUUUGCCACGCGCCUCCCCGCCGGCGCCAUCCCCGAGUGGGUGGUGGUGGUCAACGGCCUCCUCCUUCUCUUCACGUUUUUCCUGGUGCGGAUCGUGUGGGGGUUCUACUCGGUGGCGUUGCUCGCCUACGACAUGUGGCAGAUGAAACACCUUGUGCCGUGGUACUUGCCCGUGAUGAACUUGGGGCUCAACUUGUGUCUCGACGGGCUCAACGUGUUCUGGUUCAGCAAGAUGCUUGCCAUUGCCUACAAGAAGUUGCUGGGGCUGCCGCUGAAGCUGAAGCAAGCUUGA